GUUGUUUCGAAUCGUUGACCUCAAGUAACCUCAACGUCAAAAACGUUAACGUUUAUUUUGAAAAGUAAUAUUGAUUUUACCAAGGCACUGAAACCCAUCUGGGAUGCUUCCAAACCAAGUCUUAAAAACAAAAUGCGGCAUUUGUAUCAAAAAAUUUACUACCACAAUUGUUUUGAUACAUUGUCUUAGAAAUAUACUUCAUGAAUUCAACCGUUGCGUUUGUCUGCGGUGGAGGUGGUUGUGAGGGGAAACAUGGCGGCGUCUGGCAGACUUGUGUCUGUCGACUACGAAAUUUUUGGGAAAGUGCAAGGUGUAUUCUUCAGAAAGAACACAAAGAGGACGGCUGACCGGCUGGGACUGGUUGGCUGGGUGAAGAACGAGGUGAAAGUGCGGCCCGGCCAGGCUGCACUGAAGACUGUGGUUGGACGGGUGCAGGGGGAGGAGAGCAAGGUGCAAGUCAUGAAGAAGUGGCUGAGAGAGACAGGAAGCCCCAAGUCCAAGAUCACAGAUGCACAAUUCAGGAAUGAAAGCAUCGUUGAUAGACUAGAAUUUGCAUCCUUCGACAUUAGAAAGUAAGAACUGACCAAACACUGUACAUUUUCUGAGUGACAU